GAAGCUCGCCCGCCAGCCGGCACACGAUAUGAACUUCAGUGCAGGUACAGCCUUCUUGGCCGUGAGGUGGAUCCACGUUCUACUGCGCGACGGGCCGAUAAACACGUGAUCUUUGGUGUCAGAUAUUUGUGCGAAUUUCUCGAGUUUGGAUAUAUUCCGAAAGCUAAACUUUGGUUGCUUUGGUGUCGUGGUGAUAUUGCCUUUUGGGAACUUUGUCGGACUUCUGGACUUUAAAAAGCUGAACUUGUAUAUUUGAGGUGAUGUCCGAGGUACCAUGGUGCUCAGACUGGCUGUUCGCAGUGGUCCAGGUGUGAGGCAGCUGUGCCUAUGCGUGCCUGUCAGCCGCCACCACGACCACAGAGACGUCGCCAAGUCUCUCCCUCGAGACUACGGGGCGUCACUGAGGGACCUGGCGGGCAUGUCGCUCAGCCCCCCCAGGGAUUCGUACCGAGGAUUCACCAGUGUGAGGAACCACCUGGGAGGAUCCUGGGACCAGCUGGACUGCCCCAGGCCGCAGGUGGCUCAGCUCAGGGCAUCGUGGGACCACCUGGGCCCCGUGUGGGACCAGCCCCUGGACGCCACCCUCGAUUUGUCUCGAGGUCCCGACGCCCUUUUGACACACACGUUGCGCCCGGCCCGCCACGAGGUCACCAGCCCGAGAGGUCAGGCUCUCGAGGAUGACCCUGCGUCACGUGACCCAGGUGUUCUUGAUCUAGCUUCCCCGCGGGAUUCCGUCGCAGGAGCCAAAGGAUUACUCAACGCCCCCGGCCAGAACAACUGCUUCCUCAACAGUGCAGUUCAGAAUUAUCACGAUGAGAAUGAAAGCCGAGGAAUGGCCAGGUGUGACAGUGAGUUGUUUUGUCCGCAUCGAGAUACGACAUUGUUUUGGCUUCACGACAAACGCGGGAACAAUCGACGUGACGGAAUGGCAUAUUGGCGUAACAUCUACUUAGCCCUUGAAAGUUAUGAUCCAUCAUAA